GGUUUCUUCAUCCUGCUCAUUGAUUCACUUUGCACCUCUUUUUUGUGCACACAGGUUGGACAUCUGCCUUCACAAUGACGAUACAGUGGGUCGCAAAGGUUUUGAUGCUUACUCUGGUGUUUUCAAGUCCAGCUCAAUCCCAAAACAGAAGGAAAAAAGGACAGAAAUAUGAUAACCAAAUCUUCACAAAUAAGACCAAAUCCCUGAUCUGUCCUCUGGAGAUCAUGUUCGUUGUUGACAGUUCAGAAGAAUCCUAUCUGCUGUACGAUGAACAGAAAGAGUUCAUCCAGCGCUUCAGCAGCAGGCUCAUGAAGCUGUCCGCUCCCGGCUGGCGUGUCCGCCUGCGCCUGGCCGCUCUGCAGUACAGCACCUCCGUUUUAGUGGAACACAACUUCCGAGACUGGCAAGACUUGGAUGUCUUCCAGAGUCGCGUGGCCUCCAUGACUUAUAUCGGCCAUGGUACCUUCCUCGCCUACGCCAUCUCCAACGCCACCAGGGUGUUCAGAGAACAGACGUCCUCCAGCAGCUUGAGGGUGGUACUGCUGAUGACGGAUGGAACUGAUCACCCACGGAGCCCCAGUGCUGUGUCCGCUGCUGCAGAGGCCAAGCAGCACAACAUCAGGGUGUUCACUAUCAAGCUGUCCAAACUGCCCAACCCGGGUAACGUGGGAAUAAAGCUGCGGUCCAUUGCCACUGCGCCUCCACAGCAGCAUGUUCUCAGCCUCAAUGACAGCCAGCUGGAUGACAGACUCUUCAGUGAACUGGUAACUGUUCUUGGUUGCCCCCAGCCAAAGACUUGUAUGUGUGAGAGUGGGGAAAGAGGCCGUCCUGGAAGCCCAGGGAAACCAGGCACACCAGGAGUGGAUGGAGCUUCAGGUCUAAAGGGAACUCGUGGGGAACGUGGCACUCAUGGGCGACCAGGAAUGGAGGGCCUUCAGGGACAACCUGGGAACAAUGGGAAAAAGGGUGAAAAGGGAGAAUGUGGCGUUGCUGGUAUAAAAGGGGAACAAGGUGCAGAUGGACUUCCUGGUCCUAAUGGCUUAAAAGGAGAGCAGGGAGCCAGAGGGGCACCAGGAGACAAUGGUCCAGAGGGGACAUCUGGACCUAAAGGUGAGCAUGGACAAAGAGGUGUGGCUGGACCUCCAGGAAAUAAUGGUGUUGGAUUAUCUGGUCCCAAGGGUGAUAAGGGGAACCAAGGAAGACGAGGUCAUCCUGGACCAAUGGGUACCGGUGAGCCAGGGAUGCCAGGUCCACCAGGAACUCCGGGGAUACAAGGACCUUUAGGGUUUCCAGGUGUGGGUGACCCAGGGCCUAAGGGUGACAGGGGAUAUGAGGGCCCCAAGGGAAGUCGUGGACCUCCAGGGCUUGGGUACAAAGGUGAUAAGGGAAAUGAAGGAGCCGCUGGGUUGCCAGGCCUUAUAGGGUUUCCAGGUGCAGGCAUCCAAGGAGAAAAGGGUGACCAAGGACCCGUUGGCCCUUCUGGUCCCAGAGGACCUCCAGGUCUUGGCACAGUUGGACCCAAGGGUGACCAGGGUUUCCCUGGAGACCCAGGCCCUCAAGGAGAGAGAGGCCUAGGUGAACCAGGAACAAAGGGUGAGGCAGGACCUGAUGGGGUUGCUGGUAUACCUGGUAUUCCUGGUGAAGAUGGACUUGUCGGGUCUAAGGGAGAGAGAGGAUUGCCUGGGCUGCAAGGCCUGGACGGGGCACUUGGGAGAGGCAUAUCUGGAGAAAAGGGCGACAGAGGUGAACGAGGUUUAAGGGGAUUUUUGGGAUCUUCAGGCCCAGUUGGACCUUCAGGAGCCAAGGGAGAACCUGGAAGCAAAGGACUGGUUGGCCUACCUGGACCUGAAGGACGUGGACUUCCUGGACCAAAGGGAAACCCUGGACCCAUAGGACCAUCGGGGGCCGUUGGGGAACCAGGAGUUGGAAUUACAGGGCCCAAGGGAAAAAAAGGAAAUAUAGGGUCUUUGGGGCCACUAGGUAUGAAGGGAGAAAAUUUACCAGGACCCCAGGGGGUGCCUGGCUUACCAGGAAUGCAAGGUGAUUUGGGAACUGAAGGAAAAGGACUCCUCGGAGCUAAGGGUGACAGAGGCUCACCAGGUGUUCCAGGACCAUCGGGUCCACCUGGAAUUGGACUUCAUGGACCAAAGGGCUCUGCAGGGCAGCCUGGUCCACCUGGUCUACAAGGCCCUCAAGGAGAGAGUCUACCUGGACCGAAGGGAGAGCCUGGGUUUCAGGGAGCAAUGGGGCCCCGAGGGAUACCAGGGGAAGGUCUUCCAGGGGAGAAGGGUGAUCAAGGAAGUCCUGGAGAGAGAGGAAGAAAAGGGGACAUGGGUGACCAUGGAACGCCUGGAACACCUGGACAGAUGGGGAGGCCUGGAGAAAAGGGGGAACCAGGACUGAUGAGAGAAGAGGUCAUCAGGGUUAUAAGGGAAAUAUGCGGAUGUGGUCUCAAAUGCACCGAGAGGCCACUGGAUCUAGUGUUUGUGGUUGACAGCUCAGAGAGUGUGGGGCCAGAAAACUUUGAGGUGGUGAAGGACUUUGUCAACGCAGUGACUGACAGAGUGAUGGUGGGCCAGGACACCAGUCGGAUCGGUGUGGUGCUCUUCAGCCACACGGACAAGGUAGUGGUCAGUCUGCAGCAACAGUCCAGUCGGGGUGAAAUAAAGGCCGCUGUCAGAAAGAUGCCUUACUUGGGCGAAGGAACCUUCACAGGCAGCGCCAUCCAUCGAGCCAAUCAGCUGUUCCAGGCUUCUCGCCCUGGUGUCAGGAAAGUGACUGUGGUUUUAACAGACGGGCAGGCUGACCCACGCGACGUGAUGCAGUUUGAGCAAACAGCCAUGCAGGCUCAUGCAAGAGGAACUGAAGUGUUUGUUAUAGGCGUAAUGAAUAAAAAUGAUCCUCUAUAUGAAGAUUUCCAGGCUGAAAUGAAGACUAUUGCUUCUGAUCCUGACGAAGACCAUGUUUACCUCAUAAAUGACUUCAGGACACUACACAGUCUAGAAAGACAAAUACUGAAGAGGAUAUGUGAUCAAGAUGACAUGAUGAACUUCUUGCCAAACUCAAACUUCCCGUCCUUGGAAACCCAUCCAGACACGGAGGUCCCAGAAGAGCUUGAACUCCCAGUGGAGACAGCAGCCGUCCAGCUUCCACUGUCGCCUGAGUCAGGAUGGUCUGAUGAUAUCCAGGUUUACGUUGAAUCGCUGGUGGAGCCAUGGAGCAAGCUAUUGAAUGUCACAUUUUCCUCUCCUGAUGGCGAGGCAAGGCAAGGGCUGACCUCUGUGGUCGACCCACUAGGUCCAGCUGAAUGGCUACAGCAGGUGAAGAUCAAAACCUCUCCCUUCAUCCCUCCUUCACCACCGCUGACAGAGUUCCCAGUAACAGGUGACGCGUGCAGUCACCCUUUGGACCCCGGUCCCUGUCGACAGUACAUCAUCAGGUGGUACUACGACCCUGAGGCCAAUGCCUGCGCCCAGUACUGGUAUGGAGGCUGCGAUGGAAGCGCAAACAACUUUAAGACUGAAGCCAUUUGCAUGAAUACUUGUAUCUACAGAUAACAGAUUGUUUUUAGAGAAGUGUGUGUGUGCGCAAAGCUGACAGGUUCAAGAAACACCACGAUGAACUAAAAGGACUCAAGAUCUUCACCCGAGCCUUGGCCUGUGUCUUCAGCAGCAUAAACUAGACUACUGGAGGUAAAGAAGAUGAUGGAAAGACGAUGUGGACCUUUUUGCUGGUUCUGGGACUACAUUCAUACUGCAUUUUCUCCUGCUACACAUGUAAAAGCUGGGUAAUCAUUUUGAGGGGGGAAAAAUGCCUCUGUAAAAAGUCAU